UAGCUUAAUAUCUUCAUUUCUUACAGCGCUGGUGUGGGCAGGACAGGCACCUACAUUGUAAUAGACAGCAUGCUGCAACAGAUAAAAGACAAAAGCACAGUUAAUGUCCUGGGAUUCCUGAAGCAUAUCAGGACACAGCGUAACUACCUCGUCCAGACUGAGGAGCAGUACAUUUUCAUCCAUGAUGCCUUGUUGGAAGCCAUUCUUGGAAAGGAGACUGAAGUAUCUUCACAUCAGCUGCAUAGCUAUGUUAACAGCAUCCUCAUACCGGGAGUAGGGGGAAAGACACGACUGGAAAAACAAUUCAAGCUGGUCACACAGUGUAAUGCAAAAUAUGUGGAGUGCUUUAGUGCUCAGAAAGAGUGUAACAAAGAAAAGAACAGAAACUCUUCAGUCGUGCCAUCUGAGCGUGCUCGAGUGGGUCUUGCACCAUUGCCCGGAAUGAAAGGAACGGAUUACAUUAAUGCUUCUUACAUCAUGGGCUAUUACAGGAGCAAUGAGUUUAUCAUAACUCAGCAUCCUCUGCCACAUACUACGAAAGAUUUCUGGCGGAUGAUUUGGGAUCAUAAUGCACAGAUCAUUGUCAUGCUGCCAGACAACCAGAGCUUGGCAGAAGAUGAGUUUGUGUACUGGCCAAGUCGAGAAGAAUCCAUGAACUGUGAGGCCUUUACUGUCACCCUUAUCAGCAAAGACAGACUGUGCCUCUCUAAUGAAGAACAAAUUAUCAUCCAUGACUUUAUCCUUGAAGCUACACAGGAUGACUAUGUCCUAGAAGUUCGGCACUUUCAGUGCCCCAAAUGGCCUAAUCCAGAUUCCCCCAUAAGCAGUACAUUUGAACUGAUCAACGUCAUCAAGGAAGAGGCCUUAACACGGGAUGGCCCCACCAUUGUUCAUGAUGAGUAUGGAGCAGUUUCAGCAGGAAUGUUAUGUGCCCUUACCACCCUGUCCCAGCAACUGGAGAAUGAAAAUGCUGUGGAUGUUUUCCAGGUUGCAAAAAUGAUCAAUCUUAUGAGGCCUGGAGUAUUCACAGACAUUGAGCAAUACCAGUUUGUCUACAAAGCAAUGCUCAGCUUGGUUAGCACUAAAGAAAAUGGAAAUGGUCCCAUGACAGUGGACAAAAAUGGUGCUGUGCUUAUUGCAGACGAAUCGGACCCUGCUGAGAGCAUGGAGUCUCUAGUGUGACUGGAUUCCUGAAAGGGCACUGAAUUUGUAAACUUCUGAAGACUGAGAACUUUUUUGAGGCCUUUUUUUGCCAGACUCUAGGUUAUACAAUAACCCAGUUACUUUUUUACACUGAUAAAAGUUUUGAUAUUUAUUUUUUGCCAUUUUAUGUCUUAAUGGUAUCCUACUGAGCAUUUGCACCUCUGUUCAUUUCACACAGUGAAACGCAGUUUCACCUAGUUAUAUGAUCAGUGUUACUGCCUAUAAUCCAAUACUAAAGUGACAUUCCAUGACAGCAUACAAGCUACUUUUUAGUUCAGUACAGUGAGAGUCUUUGUUAUAACAGUGAAUCUUGGUUUUAUUAUUAUUGCUAAAGCAGUUGCCUUCUACUAGCAGGCAGUGCUGUUGUUUUUCUUAGUCCUCCCCUCUUAUUUUUAGGCACUGUUCAAUUCUGUAUGCCUUCUGUAUUUUAAUGGAGUGGAUGGGCAUUGUUUUCUUAUUCAGAAUAGCAGGCUAUUGGGAACUACUGAGAUGAUCUGUCAACAUCAUGACCUUGAAAUAGUUCCAUUUAUGAUCGUUAAGUGAGCCAUUCAGAAAUUAGAAGGCUUAAGAGUUGCUUCAUGUGAACAUCUCUUAUUAGUUACAAAGUUAUAUUCACAGCUUAAAAAUGUGUCAAAAUAAAGGAUAACUGUAUUACAGCUUUCACAGUAGCUAUGUGAACAGUGUGUGUUAUUUCCAUUUUUGACUGUCUGAAAUAGCUACACCCUAAAAUCAGGGCUAUCUUUUACAUUUAGAAAGAUGGCAAUUAUUUUACACAACUCAGUGAUGGGACCCUUUAGUUAAUCCCCACUAAUGCUUUUAGUUUAUACUACCAAAACAUUAUGUUAGGCAGAAGAAGGAAAAAUCUUUACAGGUGUAUAAUUUUGAAACUAGUCCUCUAAAAAUUCUUGCCUACUCAUACAGCCAUCUAAUAAAAACUACCUAUACAGCUAACAUUCUUUUCUUUCCCUUUUUUUGCCAAAUGUUUCAUAAUCUGAAUUACACACAUUCUUCUACACAAGAUUAAAUUGAAAAUUUUGUAUUAGCAAAAUUCUUGGGACUAUCUAAACUUCUACACAUGAAUAAAUCUUAUUGGGAAAGAGAUAAUUAGAUACUGAAUAAAAGGUGAUAGCUACAUUUUCAAGUACUUUUUAAGAGAAAGAGACAGCUUUGAAUGAUUUUGUGCAGUUUGGCCUCAAGGACACUGAUGAUCAUUAGAGAGCCCGAGGUCCAUAUUAACCAUAUUCACCCCACAGUACCUAAGUGUUACUAAGAAAUUCCAGUAGAGUUUAUUAGAGGGGAAAAAAAGCUACUUAACUGAGAUCUGUUUCUUCUGUUGCAUGUGUGCUUUUGAGGGUCACUCUCUGUCAGAUUUGAGAUCGUAACCAGAAUUGGAUCUAUGAAGAACAGGCUUUGGUUUAGUUUUUAAUAGCAAUCAACUUCAACAAAAAGGCCAUAGUGGCUACUGCAUUUUCUGGGUGGGCAUUACUGCAUGAAUGAUGAUUAGCACUGA